GGCAAGCAAGUCCGGUCGGCAAGCACGGGGGUCACUAGCGCCGAGUCCACCGCUCGGCAGGAGAACCUCAUUUCCUUUCAAUAACCACAAGGCUUCAACUGUAUCUACCCUCCAGCAUUGGGCCCGGCAAUCACCCGGGCUGGCCUAACUUAUCUCUUUAAAAAUCCGAACAAAAUCCGUUUAGAUCACAAACUAUAUUGCAAUUUAGCAUGCAUGACAGACCCUUAUUUAAGAGCUUAUGCUCCGAUUGAGAGUAUCCGCCCAAUCCCCUGAUCAGUGCUACGGGCCAUCGACUUAGUCUUGACUUCGGGCGUUUCAGAUUGAAAUUCCCACCCCUGUUGGGGUAGGCGAGAGGGGAUUCCCAGCAAUCCCUAUGGAAGCUCGAAAUUUUCUGCUUGGCAACUGCUAUCAAUUAGAUUCAUCAAAAGGACUCUUGCAUCUUCCGCUUACUAUACUCUCUCAAGGCCUGCCUGAUGGUCUGAUCAGGAGUGAACUGCCCAACAAACGCCCUAAGCAUGGAGCAAGUCUCAACCGGGAGAUAGCGCAUCGAUCCCGCUCUUUCGAUGUUUUGGAUUGCGCCGCUACUUCCUCAUCCAGGCAAAUUGUUUUGUGGGUUCCAGCAAUAGUGUCGAUAGCUUCAUCUAGUUCACUCUGGUCGUGUCAGAGGUUUCCGGUAUGGCACCGGCAAAACGUUCUAGAAAUAGAAAGAUGACAGCGGGAAAUAGACUACUGUCAGAGGAGCGCUUGAAUAGCGUUUCCCUAUAAAGAGAGCGCCUGGGGACCCCUGCCGUGGGC